UUAGCUCCCAGCUAGCUGUUUUUAGCCGAGGCGAUGGUGGAGGCUGGGCAGCUGGAGAGGCUCAUAAUGCACUAUAUCUCCUUUGUGUUGCUGUUUCAUCCCGCUGCAUACCAGCUCGGUGAGGCGUGUGCUGCUCCGGAGGCGGAGGAGGGGGGGACCGGGACCAGCAGCGCCGCCGCCGCCACGCUGCUGCUGUGCCGGGCGUGCGGACACGAGCUGGCGUCCGGGGCGGACAUCCACCUGGUCCCCAGCCGGCUGGCGCUGUCCGCCCGCAACGACACGUCCAUCGGGGGCCGAAGGGUUAACGUCCAGCUUUUCGAGAACCCCCACGGACACCGGUUCGAGGUGAUUACGUUCAGAAAAGCGGACGUGACCCAGCACUGGCCGGCGGACAAACACUUCUCCUGGUUCCCCGGGUUCUCGUGGACCGUGGCCACCUGUCCCCGCUGUAACACUCAUUUAGGUUGGGCCUUCCAGCCCAGUGACUGGCCUGACACGGUCACAAAAACCACAUUUGAGGAGUCGGACCAAACCUUCCUGGCUUUAAUCACUGACCGUCUAUUAAGAGAAGACCUUGCUUCAAGUCUACUAAUGACUCCGAAAUCCUUCGUGAGCUGAUGUCUGACAUCUGACUGUACAGUUAACCCAGGUGCCUUUGCUGCUACCUAAAAAUCUAUUUUUUAAAUAAAUUUCUAUGCACCCACGUGUAAACACA